AUGGAGGGCAUUGGCGUCACCAUCUUCGUCACUGUGCAGAAGAUCUACUAUCCAUUACUUUGUGUCUUGGGCAUCCCAGCAAACCUCUUCACCUUCUACAUGAUCUGUUUCCGUAAAUGUGGGAUGUCGCACAGUGCCGUCGUGUACCUGAGCUGUCUGGCCAUCGUGGACACCUUCUACCUGGUCUGGGUCAUCCUCAUUGAUCUGACUCUUACCUUUUGGAUCGUGCAGCCCUUCUGGCACUCUCACCCCUGGUGCGGGAUUCUAGGGUUCCUCCAGUACGGAUCUCUUUACAGCUCCUCCUGGAUCGUGGUGGUGUUCACCAUCGAGCGCUUCCUGGUGCUCAGCAGCACGGCGGCCAAACGCCACUUCUCCCAGGCCGGGGUCACCAGACUCAUCUGUGUGGCCAUCGUGCUGGUCUCUCACCUGGCCUCCGUGCCCAUGGGCUGGAUCAACGUGGUCAAACCGGUCAACCUGACGGUGGACGGGGAGAACGUGACGCUGCUCCGGUGCCGCUACCGCAACCAGAGCUACGCCACGGUCAUCGUGUGGGUGGCCACCUUCCUCUCCGGGGGCAUCCCCAUUGCCCUGGUCAUCGUCUUCAACUACCUGAUCGGGCACAACCUGUGCCGGGCCAGAAACCUCUUCACCAAGGAGGAGCAGCGCAGCAUGCAGGGCAGGGGCCGGCUGAAGAGGACCGUGCUGCUGCUGGGCACCGUGUCGGCGGCCUUCGUGGCGCUCAGCCUCCCCCGCUUCGUCACCUACUGCCUCCUGAGGACCAGGCACAACCAGGAGAGCUUCAACCGGAACGACUACGGCCUCCCCAUCAACGUGGCCGGAGACGCCGCCAACAUGCUGCAGAACCUCAACUCCGCCACCAACUUCCUGCUGUACUGCGGCGUGAGCCGGGGUUUCCGCCGCGAGCUUCUCCGCCUGCUGGCCGCCAAGGCCCGGGUCCGGGAGCUGGGCUCGCUCCUCGCCCACACCACCAUGAGGGUCUUCUCCGUGGCCAGUCCCGGCCCCCCGGCGACCGUGGUGCUGACCGGCCUCAGACUCACGGAGGAAACCCCGGCCAAAGCUCACGCCCUCCAACCGGAGCAGCUUUAA